AUGGGCACGGCUGCCGAGGCCACCGGGGGCAUUGAGCCUGUCAUCAUGGACGACGACAUGGCCGACUCCAAGCGCCCCAACAUCAUCGACAGCGCGCGCUCUGCUGCCGACAAGGAACGCAACAUGACACUCAUGCAAGGUAUCAGGCUCUACCCCAAGGCCAUUGCCUGGAGCAUCCUCAUCUCGACCUGCAUUGUCAUGGAAGGUUAUGACGUAUGCUUGAUUAACAACUUUUAUGCCAUGCCCCAAUUCCAGCGCCGCUACGGCCAACCACUCGCCAACAACCCCGAAAAAUACGAAAUCCCGGCUCCCUGGCAAGCAGGGCUAUCCAACGGUGCCCAGGUCGGCGAGAUCAUCGGUCUCUUCCUCAACGGCUGGAUCUCAGAGCGCAUUGGAUACCGCAAGACGGUACUAGGCUGCCUCUUCUUCAUUGCCUGCUUCAUCACCCUCUUCUUCACCGCGCCCAACAUCCAGACCCUGCUCGCAGCUGAGAUCCUCUGCGGUAUUCCCUGGGGUGUCUUCCAGACCCUGACCAUCACCUACGCCUCCGAAGUCUGCCCCAUUGCCCUGCGCGGCUACCUUACCACCUACGUCAACUUCUGCUGGGGUCUCGGCCAAGAGAUUGGCAUCGGUGUCCUCUUCUCCAUGCUUGACCGCAACGAUGAGUGGGCAUACCGCAUUCCCUAUGGCCUGCAGUGGAUGUGGCCCGUCCCACUGUUCGUUCUCAUUGCCUUUGCGCCUGAAUCGCCCUGGUGGCUCGUCCGUAAGGGCCGCAACGAAGAUGCCAAAAAGUCUCUUUUGCGCCUCACCAACGCCUCCAGCAACCCCGACUUUGACCCCGACGAGACCAUUGCCAUGAUGGUCCAUACUGCUGCCCUCGAGGAGAAGAUUGUCGCCGGCUCCUCGUACCUCGAUUGCUUCAAGGGCGUCGACUUGCGCCGUACUGAAAUCGUCUGCAUGGUCUGGGCUAUCCAGAACCUUUCGGGCAACGCCUUUUCCAACUACUCUACAUACUUCCUCAGCAAGUCAGGCCUGACCACCAAGCAAUCCUACGGCUUCGCUCUCGGCCAGUACGGCAUCAACAUGGUGGGUGUAUUUGGCGCAUGGGCUCUCAUGUCAUGGGGCGUCGGUCGCCGCAACCUCUACCUCUACGGCCUCUGCGGUCUCUUUAGCAUGCUGCUCAUUCUGGGCUUCCUCGGCCUCGUCCACAACGACAAGGGCCCUAUUGCCACUGGCAGUCUUAUGAUUGUCUGGUCGCUCUUCUACCAGCUCACUGUCGGUACUGUCUGCUACUCCCUUGUCGGCGAACUGUCCUCGCGCCGCCUCCAGAUCAAGACUGUCGUCUUGGGCCGCAAUCUCUACAACAUUGUCGGCAUCAUCACCGCCGUCCUGACCCCCUACAUGCUCAACGAGGGCGAGUGGAACUGGCACAACUUUACCGCCUUCUUCUGGGCUGGCCUCUGCUUCUGCUGCAUCAUCUACACAUACUUCCGUGUCCCUGAGCCCCGAGGCCGCUCCUUUGCCGAGCUCGACAUGCUCUUUGAGAAGCGUGUCCCAGCCCGUAAAUUUGCCACUACAGAGGUCGACGUCUUUGAAGAGUCGGUCGAGGAAAAGGUCAUGCACCAGUACGAAGAGACGGUCAAGCGCCGGUCUACCAAGAAUGCAUUUGUUUGA